UGGGGUCCUAAAAAUGCGUCAAAAGCGCCGCCACUUUACCUCAAAUGCAUGGACGAUGCCGGACUUCUGUGCUGCAUAUGGUUGUUCAAAUGAACGAAAUCUAAAAACCAGACAGCAAGGGAUUAAAUUUCACAAAUGACCUGGUGCUCUUCACUGUUCCAUUUAGUGCAGUGAUUCAACCCUUUUUCUGGACAUAUUUGUGUAUCACCACUCCUGAAGAGAGAGAGCUGGAGAGGCUGUCACAUAGCCUUGCCCAAAAUAUUGCGAUUGGCUUUUCUUUUUGCAUCAGGUGACAGCAUGUGGCAAUAGAGCAUCGCCCAUGUUCUUUUAUUCAACUCCAGGGCAGACACAAAUUGCACAGUUGCCCAAAUGCCCAAAGUGUCCAAAUGUCAAGACUGCACCUGAUGGUCGAUAUUUUUGGACCUGGCAAGGCUUAUGCUGCUUACACCACGGGCUGAGCUGAACUGGAAUCGAAAAUGAAUUGGGCGUCUUUUUACGCCGUAAUCAGCGGUGUAAAUAGGCAUUCAACAGGCAUUGGGCGCAUCUGGCUCUCUGUCAUCUUCAUCUUUCGCAUCCUGGUUUUAGUAGUGGCUGCUGAAAGUGUAUGGGGUGAUGAGAAGUCUGGUUUCACCUGCAACACCCAGCAACCAGGUUGCAAUAGUGUGUGUUAUGACCAGUUCUUUCCAAUCUCCCAUAUCCGUCUCUGGGCCCUGCAACUGAUUCUCGUCUCAACACCUGCACUGCUGGUAGCUAUGCAUGUUGCUCAUCGCCGGCACAUUGACAAAAAGAUCCUAAAAUUAUCAGGACGAGGUGCCACUAAGGAGUUUGAACAAUUAAAAAAUCAGAAAUUCAAGAUUACCGGUGCACUUUGGUGGACAUAUAUGAUAAGCAUAAUUUUUCGCAUAGUUUUUGAGGUGGCCUUUUUAUACAUAUUUUAUGUAAUCUACCCUGAUUUCAAAAUGGUGCGUCUUGUCAAGUGUGAUUCUUAUCCCUGCCCUAACACAGUGGACUGCUUUGUUUCUCGUCCAACAGAGAAGACUAUCUUUACUGUGUUCAUGCUGGUGGUAUCUGGGGUUUGUGUUUUGCUAAACAUUGCAGAGGUGCUGUAUUUAAUAGGUAGAGCCUGUGCCCGCUACUUGCAGAAGCCAGAAGGUGAUCCACAAGGACCCUGGCUCUCUCAAAUGCUCUCUCCUUACAAGCAAAAUGAAAUCAAUCAGCUCAUAUCAGAGCAUUCAUUUAAGCCAAGAUUGAAUUUGGCCAGAAAGAGCCCUAUUGACAAAGGGGAGAGAUGUUCUGCCUUUUAGCUGCUACCUUUUGGAAGGUUAAACUAAUCAUUGGUAACUUGGAGUUUAGUAAUUAUGACCAGUAUCAUCCUUAUUCAUAUAUUGGGUUAAUGAUAAAUUGUACAAAAAUGUUGAAUUUUGUAACUUUUUAAGGAGAAGCAAUAAAAAUGGCAAUGGCAAUUAGCAAAAUCUAGAUAUAUUGUCCAAAACAUUGGUUGUGUUCCCAAGUAUAUUUCCUUUUAAGUUGCUUUUUUUGUUGUUUGUUUGUUUGUUUGUUUGUUUGUUUGAUUUUUGGGAGACCCUACCAUGAUAUGGUUAAUAUGUAAAAAGCAUCUAUACAUAUUUAAUGUUAUGUUAAAAGCUUGAAAAAUGUUGAAAAUAUAAGUCAAUCCAGGCCAGGUGAUAUUUUCAAUAUAAUAAUAAUUAUAAAAAUAAUUCUGUAUAUAUGUUUAAUGUACAGUGAUAUUGGUACUACAAGGCUAUUGUGUUUGUUCAGUGUUUGCAUAAAGUAACUUGAUGUUCAAAGAUUUGCUGUUUUUUAGAUUAACAUCCUGAGUCAACACAACAUAGAUUUUAGCAUGAACUUUCUUAGGAUUAUGCUUUUAAUGCAGUCAAAUGAAUAAAAUAUAUUAAUUAUUUGUCUAUUUGUUCAGCACCACAUUUUUUUUCAGAAUGUAAUACAUCAUAUGACAUGUUCAUUUUAUAAAAAAGAAUCAAGCUUAAAUUUGUUUAUUUUUGCAUUCAGUGUUUAAAUAACUGUCCACUAUGAUGUCAACUGUUCUAUGAUAGGAUAGUCCAAAAUGCUAUAUGUUGCCAAUGUUAAAUAAAUCUAAUUAUGGAUGUCUUAUUGGCUUGCAACCCUGUUAUUUGAAGGAAUUUUUUAAAAAAUGAUUAAAAAAGCGAGGGGUGUGUCUGAUCAUUUUCAAUAGAGAGUGUGCCAUAUACUGUACACAGUGACAAUGUGGAAAAUGGUUCUCAAUUAUGGAUACUGAUUAGACAUGGGGAUAGGUUUUUGGCUCUGUGUGAAUGAGCAACAUUGAUGUGUACACAUUGAAAAAAAUAAUUGGUACCCUUUCUAUUAAAAAAAU